AUGGUGGGAAUCCUCGAAUCGGGAAGUACAGCCUCAAAAGUUAUAGAAGCUGGAGCAAUGAUUGCGUUAAAUAUUUUGUCACUUUUGGGCAACAUUCUAGUUUGUUUGUCGGUUUACAGAAAUAGCAGUCUCCGUACCACAAAGAAUCUUUACAUCAUUGCCUUGGCUGUAACUGACUUGAUAGCCGCAACUCUCGUUAUGCCUCCCGCGACUGGAGUUCUUAUCACAGGAAAGUGGCCUUUUGGGGAAACGGUUUGUCAAAUACACGCUUAUUUCAGUCUUUUUGUUGUGUAUGUUUCACCUGUGACCAUGGGUCUUACUGCACUUAACAGAUACAUAAGAAUAUGCAAAUCAAAUCAACAAUAUAAUCUGUACUUUUCCAAGAAAAAAUCUCGUAUUCUCCUUGGAUCUGCCUGGACAUUUGUAGCCCUCUUCAUUUUAAUUCCUCGCCUUACUGGUCUACAAGAUUUUCAUUUUGUGCCGAACUAUGCAGCUUGCUUAAACAGGCACUUGAGUAAUUUUGGAAAAAUACUUCACUACAUUGUCGUUCUAGUCUUUUUUUUUUGUCCUUCCGCUAGUUGUGACAACAUUCAGCUACAGAAAAGUUUUGAAAAAGAUUCGGGAAUACAAUAG